AUGGGUACCACACCCACGGUGCAAGUGAAAGCUCGCGGUAUCUGUGACAGCCAGGUCAUGGCUUCUGAAAACAGAUUGAUUGAGCAAAGUCUCGGCACAGCUUUACAAGCAAAGAAGCCGUCAAAUGGGCGAAGUCAAAUCUCCGAUGAAAACUACAUCAGUUGCAUGAUCCUGUUAUUUUUACUCUUUUCGAGCGCAAUGAAUCGUAUCACUGCCGUUGAGAAGGAAACAGAGCGGCUAGUAGGUACAUCGACGGCUUCAGUGCUCAAAGUUCACCGUCCACCUUUGGAUCUGGCAUUUGCCCCGAUGACUUUGGUAUCGGAUCUGUUGGCUCAAGCACAGAGUACACAAGUUCCGCAGGGAAAGAAGGGAAAUUACAAGAUCACGUUCCCUAUCAAGAACUCCCGGCUACCAUUAGUAAAAUACGAGGCUGGCCCAAGCUGA